AUGAUUGCUAGUGCCGAUGGAUCUCCACUAAUUGAAUAUCCCGUUUCUAGUCAGGUGAACAAUUAUACUCUAGCCAAGAUCAAGCGCUCAGAUUUCCGAGAUGAUUUUGCAUUCGGCGCUGCAACUUCGGCUUAUCAGAUUGAAGGAGCAUGGAAUGUAGGAAGUAAAGGAAUGAGUAUUUGGGAUGUUUUCACACAGAAACAACCUGGUGGUAUUGCAGACGGUAGCAAUGGCUGUGUUGCUAUUGAUCAUUAUAAUAUGUUCCGGGAAGAUGUGACAUUGAUGAAAAAAUUGGGUUUGAAUUCGUACAGAUUUUCAAUAGCAUGGUCUAGAAUCUUGCCAGGAGGAAGAUUAUGUACGGGCAUAGAUAAAGACGGAAUUAAGUUCUAUAACGAUCUCAUUGAUGCACUCUUGACAGCAGGCAUUGAGCCAUAUGUAACUCUCUUUCACUGGGAUGUUCCCCAGUGUUUGGAAGAAGACUAUGGUGGUUUCCUAAGUGAAAAAAUUGUGAAGGAUUUUUGUGAGUUUGCUGAGAUUUGCUUCUGGGAAUUUGGUGAUCGGGUGAAAUAUUGGAUCACACUAAAUGAGCCAUGGUCCUUUAGUGUUCAAGGAUAUGCUACUGGCGCUUUUCCCCCUAACCGUGGUAAACAUCCAACAACUACAGGAGAGGCCACAACGCAUUCCCGUCUUCAUAGAGGCAGAUCUAGACAUCAUAUUGCUUGCAAGUAUGGAGAUCCUGGCACAGAACCGUAUAGAGUGGCACACAAUUUGAUCCUUUCUCAUGCGUAUGCAGUGGAUAUAUAUAAAGCAAAAUAUCAGGAAAAAUAUCAGAAUCCGGUCAUUUACAUAACAGAGAAUGGAGUGGAUGAAGUCAAUGAUAAGUCCAAAAGUGGUGCACAAUGCCUCUCAGAUGAAAUGAGGAUUCACUAUUUUCAAGAUCAUCUCUACAACCUUAAGCAAGCAAUGAACCAAGGCGUAAAUGUGAAGGGCUACUUCAUUUGGUCUUUGUUUGAUAAUUAUGAAUGGGCCGCGGGAUACACGGUUAGGUUUGGCAUUAUUUAUGUAGACUACGUGAAUGGCCGUUACACAAGGUUGCCGAAAAACUCAGCUGUAUGGCUGAGGAAAUUUCUCACCAAGAAGGUUGUAAAUCCAGCAAACAAAGAAGCUGAAAAAGCUGACGAGCGCCGUAAAAGGUUAAGAAGCGGCUAA